GAUAUUUUCCAGGAUGUCCGAAAGUUGAAAAAAGUUGUUGGGUUGCCGACAGCUUUAUUCUUCUUUAUUGCUAAAGCUGAACGACACCGUGUGCCUCGCCGUAAUUCUUCGUAAGAGGUAGUCGGUUUGGGCAGUACUGAAAGAAACUUCCUUCAGGUUCUAGACUCUGCCACCUUCCUUCGCCGCCUUUAUUUAUUUCUAUAUAAAGCAUCCCCAGAAGGCAAAGGCUCACACUUUCCCUAAUUCGUUCUGAGAAUCUUUGUUUUGAAGAGAUCGAGAUCAUGAGUUACUACAACCAGCAGCCUCCAGUUGGUGUUCCUCCUUCUCAAGGUACGAUAGGGUAUCCAAAGGAUGCUUAUAAUCCUCCACCAGGGUACCCUGUCCAAAGCUACCCCCCGCCGGGGUAUCCGCCGCAGCAGGGGUAUGCUCCACCCUACAGCCAGACCCAGCCUCCUCCUAGGCAAGAAACCAGCUGCCUUGAAGGAUGUUUAGCGGCUCUAUGUUGUUGUUGCCUUCUGGAUGCUUGCUUCUGAGAAGAACCUUCAACGAUUCAGGCGUGGUGAUUCGUAGGGGGCAUAAUUAAUAUUAUAUAUAAUGUUAUGUGAAGACUAGAUUCAUGUUUAUUCUUCCUUCUAAUGUCUUUAAGUUGAUAUAUAUAAUUGAUCAUUGGGAUA